AUGCUGUUCCCGGAGGAAGAUGCGCCGCUGCUGAAGACGUGGAUUGUCAAGCGCAUCGAAAACACAUCCGAUGCAGAUUCUGAUGUGCUUGCCGACUAUGUCAUUGCUUUGCUGAAACACGAUGGCGAUGCCCAGUCGGUGCGGCAGCUUUGCGAAGCUGAGAUUCCCGACUUUUUGACCGAAGAUUCAAAGGCUUUCCUCGACGAUGUUUUCCAAGCGAUCGCGUACAAGUCAUAUCGACCAGGUGCCCCGCCGCCUCCAAAACCCGCCACCGGUGCCAUUGGCGCUGGAGCUCCUCCUCUUCCUGCGUUUUCGGGCGUACAGAGCAGUGCGCCUCAUCAGGGUGGCUCAAGGAAACGAGGGUUUGCAGAUGAUAUGGAACACGAGGGACCGGCACCGUAUGGCAGGGGACACAAACAGGCCCGGCGAGGCUCGAACCAUGGGAGGAUGGACGACUCAACAAUGGGCGGUUACGUGUCUGUGGACUCUAUGCCGGGCAUGAAGCACUUUGAUCCCAAGAGUGCCCUUGAAACAAUCAUGCAGAUGCAGGCUAUGGGACUUCCGUACCCUGGCAUGGCCGAAUUCAUGGCUCAGAUGCCUCCUGUUGGCGGUGGAAGGAACUCGCAGCGGCGGAGAGGGCGUUGUCGAGAUUUUGAUACCAAGGGAUACUGUUCUCGUGGAAACCAGUGCAUGUAUGAUCAUGGGAACACUUCCGUCUAUGUUCCCCCCAUGUUUUCUGGAAUCGAAGAAUACGAUCCCAGCAAUGCUGUACUUGGCAUGUCAGGCCAUGCCGCAAACCCUUACUCGUUCCCUAUGGAUAUUAUGGGCCGUGGUCGAGGUCGUAGCAGUCGUGGUGGCCGCGGAGGUCGCGGAGGGAAGAAAGGGGGUGCGCGAGCCCCCUUUUCGGCAGAAGGUCCCAUUAACGAUCGCACUAAGAGCACCAUCGUUGUAGAGAACAUUCCCGAGGAUCAUUUCGAUGAAAACGAGGUCCGAACGUUCUUUUCACAAUUUGGCGAAGUGGUUGAGGUUUCGAUGCAGCCGUACAAGCACCUAGCGAUUGUGAAAUAUGACAAGUGGGCGUCAGCGAAUGCAGCAUACCGAUCUCCAAAAGUCAUUUUUGACAACCGAUUUGUCAAGGUGUUUUGGUACAAGGAAGAGGGUGUCAAGAUUGAUGGUGAUGGAUCUGCCGCACCACCAGAAGCUGAGCCCGAGAUUGACAUGGAAGAAUUUCAACGGAAGCAAGAAGAAGCACAAAAGCAGUACCAGGAGAGAGAAGCUAAGAGAACAGAUUUAGAGCGACAACGACAAGAGUUGGAAAAGCAACAGCAAGAGCUACUGGCAAGACACAGAGAAGAAAGCGAGAGACUAAAAGCGAGGCUAGCAGAGAAGAGUGGCGCGACUGCAGAUGCCAAAGCUACGGGGUCUUCAUCAUCAACGGAUAUGCUACGUGCUCAGCUGGCGGCAUUAGAGCAGGAAGCCAAGAUUCUCGGCAUCGACCCGGAUGCCGCUGAAGAUGGAAGCGGCUACAGCUCACGAGGUCGUGGCUCAUUUAGAGGUCAAGCGGGAAGACAUGCAGCCUACGCGCAGUACUCAUUGGAUAAUCGGCCGAGGAAGUUGGCCGUGACUGGUGUUGAUUUUACUCCUGCGGAUAAAGAUGAGGCUCUUCGACAUUUCCUCUUGAACCUGGGCGAAUUUGAAUCUGUAGAAACCACCGCCACCGUCACACACGUAUCUUUCCAAGAUCGUAAAACAGCCGAGAAGUUUUACUAUAGCUUGCACGGCAAAGAGCUGCCUGGUGUUAGCGGCACGCUCGAGCUCUCCUGGAUCAACACCCCAUUGCCGCCCGUGGGGUCUUCCAAGAAGAAUGAGGAUGUUGAGGAUGGAGAUGCCAUGGCAGGGCUGAAUGAUGAAGAGGGGAAUGCAGACGAGGGCUUGCCAGAGGAGCAUAUGCGGGAGCGACAGGUGGAUAUGGACUAUGAAGUCGGUGAGGAGGAGGGUGAGUGGGUUGAAUGA